GCCACGGAAAAGCCCCAGAGAAGGAAGCGGGGCGAGCGGCUUCCGGCGGAAGUGAGGCCCUGUGGUUCCGGCCGGCGUGAGUGAGCGAGUUUGGGCUUUUUUUUUCCAAGAUGGCGGCUGCGGCGGGCUUGGAGUUCCAGCGCGCCCAGUCCUUGCUGAGCACCGACCGGGAGGCCUCCAUUGGCAUCCUGCACUCCAUAGGUGAGGAGCCGGAGGGAAGGGAGUGCCGUCCGCCCUCCGCCGGCUGCCGGGGGCUCCGGCGGGCGCGGGAGGCCGGCGGCAGGGGCGGCUGACGGCCGGAGCCGCUGCUGACUCACCGUGAGCGGCUCUGAAGGGGGAGAAGGCAGCCGGGGCGGGGAGGGGAGUUGGGGAGCGGGGAUGUUUUCGGGGGGAGGGAGGCUUGGUUUUGUGGGAAUGGGGGAGUCCGGGACGCCUCGGAAACCGGCCGAGGGGUCGGCAUCGGAAGGGCCUAGGCAAGCGGAGUGGGGAAGGCUCCCCUGAAAGGCUCCCCCUUCCCCAGACCCUCUCCCAUCCCCAGCCUCUUCUUUGUCAUGGGAGGCAAGAACGCCGGACUCGGGUUAUCCUGAGCUGCCAGGUCUCCCUAAUCUUUCCUAGCAUCCCAAAUCUCAGCCUAGGAACAAGGCAGCCAUCAAACCCUAUCCCGCCCCCCCCCCCACCUCCGAAAUCUGAUUUCAAUCAGAAAGGUAGGAAUAAGUUGUUGGGAGUAGAGGCGGGGGGAGAAGACUGGCACAGACUUCUGAAAGUGGUUUGUCUCGGUGGGUGCUGCCAAUGGAGAGAAGGAACAACAAGAUGGAAGUUGGAGAGGGUGCCAACUUGAUGGCAUGAGAUUCCUGGCUGUGGUAAAGGUAGGAGAGGGAGUUUUGGGGUGGGAGGAGUUGGCCAACAAUAAGCUUCCUAGUGGUUUUUACAUGGAUCUCGUUUCCCAUGCCUUUAUCAGAAACUGGAUGUGCAGAUGUUAACAAGAGAGUGCAUCCUGAUGCCGGUUCUGGGAGAACACAGUUCUCCUCCUCAUAGGAGGAGGUCUAGCUAGGUUCCCUUCCCCCCUUGCUCAGUCAGACAAUCGCCCUGACGGAUGUUAUUAUUUACUAAAAAAAAUGUUUUUAAAGAAAGUGGUGAGUUUUGAGGAAGAUGUGAUGGAGGUUUGCUGUGGAGUAAGAGGUAGGAGAAGAGGGUAGGCCUGAACAAAGGCUGGGGAGAUAACUGGGAGCGAUGAAUCUGAAGAGGGGUUAGUGGUGAAGAAAGCAGCAUGGGUUGUGUAGUGAGGGUGUUGGCAAAUCACCUCCGGAGUGUGCCUAACCUCUUCCUUCUUGUGAGAGGGUUAAUGCUUGAUAUUAGCUAUGAAAGAUGGCAUUUUGUGUACACCCUCCCCUCAUAUCUGUUUUAUUAGGGGAAGGAGGACAGUUUAUGUGCAAGUCGUCUUUUACCCAGAAACUAGAUUUGAAGGGUGGGAGUGAGGUACAGGGACACAAAACGUGAUGGUUUCUGGAUGGCUUUAAAAUGGUACUGUUAAAAUUUGUGAUGGGUAGGUCAUUGUAGCUACUAGCCGUAAUGACUAUAUGCAAUUUUUCUAGGCUCAGAGGCAAUGUGCCACUGAGUACCAAAUGCUGAGAUCGACAACAGGAGAGUGCUAUUGCCAUCCUGCCUGUUUGUGGGCUUCUCAGAGUCAUCUGGGUAGCCACUGAGAGAAACAAUGUUAGGCUCUGUGGACAAUGUUCAUAUCUAGGAGGGAUUUUCUUAUGGUGUUCUACAAUUUGGACUUUGUUCAAAUAACUAAUAUGGCUUGGGAUUUCUAAAGGUAUAACUAGGAAGGUGGGUUUUAGGAUCAGGAAGUAGUAAUCCAUUUUACCUACUGUCAGAACAACUGAAGUUGUUCUCAUACAGGAUUGCAGUUUGCAUGUGUUGAUAGCAGCUGAGAGUUGAUCAUCUUCCUUCAGUGCACUUCACACAAAGAGCAGAGUAGGGAAUCAUGGUGAAACAAAGAAGACUAGCUGCAAUACACCCUUUGAAACAAAGCUUCAACUAUAAAAAGUUUAGGAAAUGGAAUGCCCUUAGAAUUUGGGUGUUGUGCCGGAGAACAGGAGGGCCUCUCUGUUUUGGCCUGCGCCUUGCAAACUCUCCUUUCCUCCUUCCCAUAUUUUAAAAUAUAUUCUUUUCCUUUCUUAGUUCAAGACUUGAGCUACAUUUCUGUAGAUCAUAUUAAAUGAAAUAAGCCACCAGGCACCACUUCUCUUCCUUCCCCAGACAAAAUUAGCCUGAGAACAGCACCCGCAUAGAGGAGCUUUACUUGUCUUAAGAUUGACAGUAGGAGCAGAACGUGUGUACAGCAAAGGAAAACUUGAUAUUGUCCCAUGCAAAUGCACAAAAUUAUCUAGUCCUGUAGGUUUUGGUGGAAUUCACUCUUGGCUGACGGGAACCGUUUGAAAUAAAUGACAUUUCUGACUCAGUGAAAUGAUUCUUGUUAACCUCCCAUUUGUUAAUUGUCAAAUAAAACUGUUCCUCAUGGAUUGGGAACAAUUAAACCAUGAGAGAUGCCUCUUUAUCCUAGAAAUUAAAGUUUUGGCAAGGAGAAAAGUAUUGAUAUGGCUACCUACUAAUGGGGGGAUCCCUAAGUAGUUCCAUUAUAAUAGUGUGAAGUAGUCCUUCGGUAUUGCUGAAGCCAAUACUUUAUGCUUAAAAGGCGGUUUGUAGUUUUUCAUUCCUUAGUUAAUAUUUUACAUAUUGGCAGCUGUAUACCGCAGGACAUGGUACUGUGCUGGUUUCUCUGAAUACCACUAUUUUUUGUGCAUGUUCUUUCAUGCAAGUGCACUAAAACUAGUGAUGUAACCACUCUUCUUGGUGUGAAGAGGCUUGUUUACAAUAUCUGGUGACACGCUAGAGAGCGAUGAAGAUGCUUUUUCACAGCUGUAGCUGUGUCCACAUCGCUGCUGUGAUUACAUUAUGCCAAAUAUGCUGGAUGACACAAAACCGAGCUGCGUCAUGUUACUGAAUUUCUCUGUGUCACAAACUCAGAAUCGUAAUCUGAGAGGCAGGUGCUAUGGUAUCACAAGAAGCUAGCUGAUGAUUGAGCCAAAUUAUGCAUGAACAAUCCUUGAUUAGGUGCAGAGGCUUGUCUUAACUUCCGAAAACCUUUUCUUUUUUCCAGUGAAGCGUGAUGUCCAGGAGAACGAUGAAGAGGCCGUACAAGUCAAAGAGCAGAGCAUCCUGGAACUGGGGAGUCUCUUGGCCAAGACGGGGCAGGCGGAAGGUAAAUUCCGUUUUAAAGCAGCUUAAUAACACCUAACCAUUUUAAUCUGUUUUUAAUACUGUGUUUUAAUGGUGUAAUACACAGGCUUAGGGUGAAAGGUGGUGAAUAACGAAUAAGAAAAAGAAUAAAAGAAUAUAAUGUCACCGUACAAAAGUUACUGCUCUCUGAACAGUUACUGCUCUAAUGUCACGUUUGUGGGAUCUGGAAAAGUAUCUCGACAAGAGAAGAAUGCUAAUUUUGGAUUUGGUCACUGUAGACCAAACUAGACAUGUAGUCACAAGACGGGUCAGCGUGUGCUUGUUUUUCUUUACUAAAAAGCAACUGCUGGGGGUGGGGACAGGACAUAAGGGGAAAGCAUUUAAGCUUCCCCCCCUCCCAUGGUUGUUAUUUAAUAAAAGAAACAUACCCACACAAACAUUUGUCAUGCAGUUAGCACCAUAGAGAAGAUGGAAAACUGUUCUGAAAAAAUGCUACAAGGCAGCAUACAGGUAAUCCCCCUCCCCAAAUAAUAAUACCAAAGAAUUGGAGCCAGUAUGUGUGGAUGUUCCUCUUCUGUCUGAAAUAAUUGGCACUAGAUUUUAAACUGUGUGGUCAUUGCCACCUCAGGAAUGAGCCGUUAUGCUUCUGUUGUGUUCUUGUACAGCUUCAGAAGCUGAGCUGUGCUUCACAACUUUGUUUUCAAUGCAGAACUUGGAGGACUUCUGAAGUAUGUGCGCCCUUUCUUAAACUCCAUCAGCAAGGCGAAGGCAGCUCGCCUGGUUCGGUCUCUGCUAGAUCUUUUCCUAGACAUGGAGGCAGCAACAGGACAAGAGGUGAGAAUCAAAAUUCAAGCAAAACUGUAAACGUGGUGUUUGCAGUCGCUUUUCAGGUGUUCUGUCAUAGCUGAUCCUGUUCAGAGGAAGGCAUGCAGAACUUCAUACAAAAGACAAUCUCUAGACGGUGGCGGUUGUGCUGGAGCAAGUACUGUAAAUUUUCUUGUGACAUUUGUAAAAUGUGGCUAAUGAAAUAAACAAUAUUCACCCUAUCAUAAAAAAGUGGAAAUGGGUUUUUUAAAGUAUAGAAGAUAACAGAAAAUAUGCUAUCUGAACGAUAAACUUGGUCAUUUCAUUGUCCUUUUUACCCAUUGUUGUCUUUUUAAUUGUAUGUAUUGCUUGUUUUGUGUUGCUAUGGCCGUUGGCUAAUGUGAAUAAAGUUUAUCUAUCUAAAAAAAGUGGAAAUAGGUUUUUUAAAGUAUAGAAGAUAACAGAAAAUAUGCUUAAAAUCAAUUCCAAAGGUAUAUCUAAGGCAUAGAACUAUACAUCGGUCAGGAAAAGCUUGUCAAAACAAAAAUCUCUUCUGUUGUUUCUAGAAAGUAUAGAGCGCCUUGCAAUAAUACAACCUUGAAGGAUAUAAAUGCAUGGGGCAGCUGUGGUCAAGUUAUCCUCAGCCAGAAAAAAAAAGCAAUUUGAAUGUGGUUUCUUUCUUUUUCUUUUAAGGUUGACCUGUGUCUUGAAUGCAUUGAAUGGGCCAAAUCCGAGAAGAGGACAUUCCUGCGCCAAGCUCUGGAGGUAAGGUAUGCUGUAUAUCCGUGUGACUUGGUACAGCUAAGUUGUGCACAUUGGUCUCUCAUUUAUUCCCCGGAUUUGGAAACCUGCCAUACUACCUGCCGGGGCACUGAACCAGGCAACUGUUACCUAUUCACGUUCCGCUGCGUUGCUUCGUCGGGUCAUUGCUGACGUGUUACCAGGUUUCUCAAAUGGUGGUUUUGGGUGUGAUAGUUCCAGGCCAGCUUUAUGCAGACUUGCAUCUCUGGGAGUUUUCCUCCCCGUCUGUGAUGCAAACAGUCGACAUGUGUUCUCCCUUAACACCCACGGUUGCGCUUGCUAUAUAGGACUGGUAAAAAGACAGGUAUUUUCCCAGGCUUUCAACGCUGUCUGCACUCACUGAUGUUGUUUUGUGGAUCUUGGGGAUGGAAGAUGAUCUGGAUUAGCCACUGCAGAGAAGUUUGUAUUUGACUGCAGAUCCAUUUGUAUUUGUGGAUUUCUGCUUCUCGGUCUUUCUGCUCUGUGUGGCUUGGAAAUGAGCUGCCGUUAGAUCCUUUGUUCCUUGGCUCAUUUUUCUCCCCCGUUGUGCCUCUUCCUAUGUUGGGAACAGCUUCCCCUUCAAUCUUAUUACCGCACGACCGUGCAUUCUCUGCUGUCGGACUUUACUCUGCAUUGCCGUGCUUGUCCAGACUUGCAGUUCCUCUCAGCAAAGGCCUUGCCUCUUCCGUGGAUCACAUAUAUUGCUUUCCGAGUCAGGAAUGAGCAGUCUGUGGCACUCCAGCUAUUGCCACACUCCAGUUCCCAUCAUCACUAACCACUGGUCAUACUGGCUGGGGCUGAUGGGAGUUAAAUUCCAAUAGUUCUGGAGGGCCGAAAGUUCCUCAUACCUGUCCGAAAUAAGUAUUUCACAUUCAUAGAGUUAAUUUUCCUUAAAAUGCAUCAUUUACCUUCUCUCUCCUAGGCAAGGCUGGUUUCUUUGUACUUUGACACUAAACGGUAUCAAGAAGCGUUGCAGUUAGGUAAGUAGAUUACCAGCUGGGCACCGCUUUGCCCCCAUUUUGAUUUCAUACUGGCUAGAAGGAAUAGAGCUCCUUAAUACAGUCGUACCUCGUUUUGUGGCCAGGAUGCGUUCUGAAGCCCUGGCUGCUAACCAAAAAGGAAGCCGGGUAAAGCACAGUGUCUGCGCACGCUUGCGGAGCGGUCUGCGCUUCUGCGCAUGUGUGAAGUGCGAGUUAGCGCUUCUGCAAAUGCGCGAGCUGCAAACCCGGAAGUAACCCAUUCCGGUACUUCCGGGUUUGCUGUGGACGUUCGCCGGAAUGACGCUAGACAAGGCGGACGUUCGUGGAAGUAUUACUGUAUUCACUUGCAUCUUACGCUAAACCUGCUUCAUAGAAGUGUGUUCAUUGCUUUAGCAUCAUGUAUUGACCAAGAUGCUUGAGGUAAUUCAGUCUUUGGGUUCCAAUAAGAACUGUCUGGAACCAUAUAUUUUAAUAUAAAAUUAUAAAUAUAAAUACAUGUUUAAAGUUAAACAUUUCUGUAGCUUAAGAAACUACACAGAUAAAUGUAGAAACAAAUAAAUACAUGGAGCAUAUAGCACAGUGGGCAAAACCAAAGAACAUAUGAGUCCUCCUGGAUAAGGACAAAGGUCAAAACUACUCACCCUAAAUGUUAUGUGUUCAGUUCACAGUAUCAGCUGUUGGAUAAAUGGCGAUACUUUAUUUGGCAACUCCUCAAACUGCCUUCCCUAGGUUCAGGCAGAAACGAGGUCAACUUUCCCAUCAAGCUUCAAUUCACCUGAUUCUUGUUUAAAAUAAAAAUUAUGAAGGUGCUCUGUUUUCAUUUGACAUACCCUUGGCCUUGCAUACUUUCCUGGAGGCAGCGUUCAAAACUCUUAAUGCAAACAGUCGCAUUUUGCGAGAGGGAAUGUCCUUAAUGCGUUUAGGAAGCCUCAUCGCAAUGACCGUAUCUGCCUGACGGGACUUCAAAGAGUUAGGCCCCCUCAGCUCGAUCCGAUCCUUUCAUUCUGCUUCGCCAGCACCAGCAGCUCCUGCAUUAGAGUUAAUGUCCAACCCUAGGACCCUCUCAUCCCACAAGGCAGUAGAACAGCUAUUCUCCCUCCUUCCCUCCCUUUCUCUCCAUUCUCUCUGUGGGCUGGCGCUGGAGGUGCAGGACUAGAAAAGCCACCUGCAGGACUCCGGAGUAAACUUAAGAGCAGUUUCCUGAUUCAUUUGAAUACAAAACAGAGGGAAUGGAGGGGCGAAGGAGGAAAGGUGAGCCCCCUGAAGGCGAGAGUUCCCCAGGUAGUACAGAGAGGGGAAAGUUCCUAUAUAUUUGUUUGGUUUCUCUCUCUCUGUCUCACUGUUGCAUGAAGGAGGGGGACAUGAAAUGGUCUGCUUCUGGGUUGAAUUGGGGGCAGCACUCAUUGGUUGUGUUUCUCUACCAGAUAGUCAUUUUCUCUUGAUCGCAGCCCAAUCCAGCACAUUCUGCUUGCUGUGUUUCCCCCUUUCCCCUCCUUCCGGUUCUCUGCAGAGUUCACAGCUCUCUCUCUUGUGUUUGUGUUCCUGGCUCUGUGUGUGUGUGUGUGUGUUGCCAUACAGGUAUCUGUAAAUAUUAAUUAUUCAAAUAACAUGGUUUUGGCAACUACAGUGGUACCUCAGGUUACAUACGCUUUAGGUUACAUACACUUUAGGUUACAGACUCCGCUAACCCAGAAAUAGUGCUUCAGGUUAAGAACUUUGUUUCAGGAUGAGAACAGAAAUUGUGCUCCGGCGGCGCAGCAGCAGCAGGAGGCCCCAUUAGCUAAAGCGGUGCUUCAGGUUAAGAACAGUUUCAGGUUAAGAAUGACCCUCCGGAACAAAUUAAGUACUUAAGCUGAGGUACCACUGUAUUGCAAGAGCUGAGCCCUAUUUGUGUUUGUGUUGUCCAGUUCAAAACUGCUAUUAAAAAUGAUAUCAACAACAUGUCACUCACUGGUGUGAAUUGCAUAUUAGUUGAUGCUUUUUGAAAAAUAAUAAUAAAAAGUGCUGCUGCGUUAUGGGGGGUGGGGAAUAGAUGCUAGCCAUUCUGUUUUUGCACCUGUAACUCAGGUUUUAUAACUCAGUUUCUAACACUGCCAGGGGGUAAGACUUUGGUACCACACUAUGGGUGGUAUUUUACUCACAGUAGAUCCACUGAAAUGAGUCAGGUCCAUUAGUUUCAGUGGGUCUAUUCUUGAGUAAAACAUAGUUGAAUACCACCCUGGCUUUCCACAGACCAGUCUCAAUUCAGCUGACCUGGUGUGCUUGCAGAAGCUAACAGGACUUUUGUUCCUCCAGAUCAGCUCUGGAGCAUCCAGAACAGCAUGUGUAUUUUGUCUGGCGAACAGAAAAUCUUGCAUUGAUCAGGAGAACACAGUGCUGAAUUCCUUCCCUUGAUAUCACAAGUUCUGUUGAGUAGCAAAGAUAAAUUUUAAGUACAGUAUUUGAGAGUUCAGAGAGGGGGGCUCCAGAAAGGGAUUCUCUGAGACAACCGGCUCCACUGUAUGACUUUUGUCAGGCUCACAGCUUUUGCGGGAGUUGAAAAAGAUGGACGACAAGGCCCUCCUAGUGGAAGUGCAGCUGUUGGAGAGCAAGACCUACCAUGCCUUGAGCAACCUGCCAAAAGCAAGAGCAGCAUUAACCUCUGCCCGAACCACAGCCAAUGCAAUCUAUUGCCCACCCAAGCUGCAGGCAGCGCUGGACAUGCAGUCAGGUAAGUCAUGCAGGCAGCAGGUGUUGUCAUACAUGCUUGCUGUGUUUGGGCUCAUUAUAUCCUUUGCCUCGUGCAAUAAACACUAGCCGUGGCGUGUUGUGCGAAAAUGAGAUGCGGCCGCUGUGCUCGUUUGAUCAUGAGUUUGUAGUCUGUCAUAGGACAGGUAAUAGAAGGAAAGAAGAUACAGUGGUACCUCGCAAGACAAGAAACUCGCCAGACGAAAGGGUUUUUUGUUUUUUGAGCUGCUUCGCAAGACGAUUUUCCCUAUGGGCUUGCUUCGCAAGACGGAAACGUCUUGCAAGUUUGUUUCCUUUUUCUUAACACCGUUAAUACAGUUGCGACUUGACUUCGAGGAGCAACUCAUAGAACGCGGUGUGGUAGCCUUUUUUGAGGUUUUUAAAGACUUUGGUGAUUUUUGAAGCUUUUCCAAAACUUUCCCGACACCGUGCUUCGCAAGACAACAAAACUCGCGGAACGAAUUAAUUUCGUCUUGCGAGGCACCACUGUAAAUGCGAUUAAAGAGAUCCUACAUUGGAACAAUCCAUCCAGGGAGCUUUAGAGAAUCUUCCCCCUAGGAGGUUUUUAAAAGAAGCUUGGUUAGGUUCUUAGGCCAUGUGGCUGAUCUAGGUAAUCUGCAGGAUCUCUUUCGACUCUCACUCUAGAGAGUCCGUAGUGAAACCCAAAAUACAGGCAUGGGGAAAUCUAGCAAAACAAAAACAGAUGAGCUCUUGUCUUAAUUGCUGUCUUAACUGAUGCAUAUCAUGCAAGAUGAAGGCAAAACUGACCAGAGCUUGGUAGAUUUUGGAAAAGCCCCUCAGUUCUCUUUUUGUCAGAGUAAAGCUGAAGUAAUUAAAUGCAGAAGCAAUCAGAGCUAUUAGGGACCACCACCCCCCCAUUUACAAAUGUAACCUUUUUGAUGUACAUUCUUAGAUGGUCUCUUUUCCCCAGUGCCUGUGUUAGUCCUUUAAAUUUUUUUUUUUUAAUCAUUUUUUCGAUACAAACAACAACUGCAAAAGACACAUACAACAAAAACCAUAAUAACAAUAACACAAUUUGACAAUUCAGAUUUGAAUACACUGAUAUACCUAUGACUACACCUUUUUAAACAAUAUUUUCCCACCUCUCUCCCUCCCCACUUCCCUCCACUAUCUGCCUUAUCACUUAAAUAUUCGUUCCAGAUUUCUUCAUAUUUAUCCAUUCUUAUUUUGCGUCGACGUGCAAUUCAUUCGUAUGUAGCUAGUCUGUCCAUAUUAUCAAUCCAUGUGCUCAAUGGAAUCUUUUUGCCGCUCUUCCAAUUCAUCAAAACAAGUUUUUUUGCUUCUAAUAUUAUUUUAUAUUAGGUGCCUGUGUUAGUCCUUUAAUUUUUCAUGGCUGUGCCUCUCCCCUCUUACCUUUGGGCAACCGCUAAAACCAGCUCAGUUGCAACCCUUGAAAUUAUGCAUAGGGGAACUGAUUCCGAUUAGCUUGCAUUAGCAUAGAAUUUGAGGACUGGCUGAACUGAUGCAGCCCUCUUGCUAACAUUGAUUUUCUUUUGUCAGAAAGAGAGAGGCAGGGGAGAAAUGACCCUUCGAGAUAGUCUCUCCCUAGAAGGACCGAUAAGUAGGACUUUGCAGCCAUCCUUCCCGACGAAACUGGAUGCUCUAACCUGGUCCUUGUGUUUACCUUCCCUUCUAACAGGCAUCAUUCAUGCAGCAGAAGAAAAGGACUGGAAGACGGCAUAUUCCUAUUUUUACGAGGCAUUUGAGGGUUACGAUUCCAUCGACAGCCCCAAAGCUAUCACAGCGUUGAAAUACAUGCUGCUGUGCAAGAUCAUGCUGAACUUGUAUGUGGCUAAUUAUAUCGCGAAAGGAAUGCAAAUAGCCCCUUGUGUCCUCCCCCUUUUCAGCAGUCAUUUGGGUUAAGACGCAUACUCUGGUAUUAGAUGAAGCACCGGGAUCCUUAACUGGCAUAAUUCAUGAGUGUCAAAGCUUGCAGAAGGGAGGCAAGAAUGCAGGGGGCAGUGGAAAGAAAGAAAGAAGGAUUAAGGGUCGUAGGAAAGGGUAGAAAUAAGCAGCAUACUAGUCAUUGCCUCUCUCUGCUGUAAGUCUCGUUCAGGCCUCUUUGGUACAUGGAAAUGGCACUGCCACAAGAAGGCAGCCUGGAUUUCUUAAAUCCUCUGUCUUUAUGGAGGCCAGGCAGCGCUUCCCUUCAUUUGAAAGGAAGAAGAUCCUUGGGAGGAUGAAAAGGCCACUAGAUUCUGAGUUCCCAGUUUUUUAACUGAAUGGAUGUAUAAGUGCCUUGCUUAUACAGUGGUACCUCGGGUUACAUACACUUCAGGUUACAGACUCCGCUAACCCAGAAAUAGAACUUUGCUUCAGGAUGAGAACAGAAAUCGUGCUCCAGUGGUGCGGCGGCAGCAGGAGGCCCCAUUAGCUAAAGUGGUGCUUCAGGUUAAAAACAGUUUCAGGUUAAGAACGGACCUCCAGAACGAAUUAAUUACUUAACCCGAGGUACCACUGUAAUGAGCUCUUCUAACAGCCAGGGACAUGAUGAAUCAACACCUCUCAUUUUAUAUUCUGUCCUUUUCAGGCCUGAAGAUGUGCAGGCCUUGGUGAGCGGGAAACUUGCACUGCGGUAUGCAGGCAGACAGGUACAGAAACGCCGAUCUACCUUUUUUGUCCUCGAGUCUUUUGAUCCCAUCUCCCACUGUUAAUAUUUCAGUGAAUUGGGCUGCCUUGCAGAUGGCUCUCUGAAGUAGGGAGCGCCUGGAAGACUUGAGGUGCUGCGCAAUUGCAUCUUGAGGGUCUCUGCUGCCCAAGCUGGGGUUCUUCUGUCUCGAUCGCUUGUUCUUUAGAGCUGCAUAGUCUGUUUCUUUCUGUGAUAUAGCAGCUGUGAGUGAGGAUGGAAUUAGAACAGAUACUUAGCAUUCUGGUUGAUGUCCUUUCCUGAAUUUCCCCCUGACUUCUGGGAAGUAUUUUUCACAAGUGCGAGUGCCUCAAACGCAACCUGCCGUUCAUGUGGCCCAGAAAAUGCUAACGGUGGCUCCUCUCUCUCCCUCGCAGACAGAAGCUCUAAAAUGUGUGGCACAGGCUAGUAAGAAUAGAUCACUGGAUGACUUCAAAAAGGUGAGUAGGCACGAUGAGGAAUGGGCUAAUUAUUCUUCGACUAGGUGGUUGAAUAAUAGGCUUAAAAAUUGAACUUUCACAUGGAGAGGCAGUAGAUCUCUGCAUACGUGGGGAGGAUGAGGGGAAGGGCAUUUUCAUUGCUUGUGAGAUUCCUGGGAACAUCUGAUUGGCCACUGUUGGACAAAGAGAGGCUGUGGCCUCAUCCAGUCAUGUUCACUCAGCUGUUCCACUGAAUUCAGUUAGUGCCUACUCUCAGGAAAGUGGAUGUAGAGUUGCAACCUUUCCUGCUCUGUUUCUUGGUUCUUAAAAACAGGAAGAGUGGAAAUAUCCAGAGUAGUGGUGUUUGUGGUGGGUUAGAUAUUAAUAUGAGUGUAAUUUAGUUUUAUUAUUAUGAUGAUGAUUAUUUAACUAAAUUUGUAUACAGUGGUACCUCGGUUUUCAAGCGUAAUGCAGAGGGCGGUCUGCAAAUUUCAUUGAAGCAUUUACUUCUGGGUUUACGGCUUUCGAAAACCGAAAUGUUUGGUAACAGAGACGUCCGAAAACCGAGGUACCACCCUAUACCCAUAGAUCUCAGGGCAGUUCACAACAGAAAAUCACAAUAUGAAAAACAGAAAAUACAUAUUAAAAACAACCCAAUAAUCCCUCCUUCCACAGCACGCUUUAACAGGGUAACAGAUGUAAAUCAACUGAAGUCCUAGGAACAUUUUUGCUUGGUGAAAACACUUCUUUUGUGUUAAGAGUUCCAGAUAUUUGCUUGGCAACUGCUCCCUGACGUUUCCAGUUACUGGGCUAAGGAUGGGUAAAAACAUGGGGGGGGGGAUGAAGAGCAAGCCGUUUGUUUAUUUUAUUUUGUUUUAGUCCAAGUUAUAUGUGAAUAAACUUGCACAGAGGGUGAAUGGUAUUCCCAGAGGUCAAGGACUGGAGUUUCAGGCCUCUGCAUAGAUUCCACUCUCACCUAAGAUUAGUAGAAUAUUUUUUUUAAAAAAAUUGUACAUUGCCGAAGCACCUGCAAAUUUGCACAAUUCUUCUUUUCUUGGAACAGGUGUCUUGAUUUUAUUAAAUGCAGCAUUAACACAACCCUGUACAGUGGACGCUCAGGUUGCGAACGUGAUCCGUGCAGGGUGCACGUUCGCAACCCGCGUCUGUGGAUGCAUGGGUUGCAAUUCGGUGCUUCUGUGCAUGUGCAAUUUAGCGCUUCUGCGCAUGCGCGACCGCCAAAACCCGGAAGUAACCCGUUCCGUUACUUCUGGGUUUCGGCAGUCCGUAACCCGAAAAAACGCAACCUGAAGCGGCUGUAACCCGAGGUAUGACUGUAUAAUAUUAGACACAAAUAGUUUCAGAAUGAUUCCAAGGAGUCUUUAUUCCCUUGGCCCUAAGAAUGGUUGCAUCCUCGUCCUCUGUACUCAUUGCUGACUUAAUCCAAUCUUUCACAGGCUCUGAAAGAUUAUAAAGUGGAACUCAGGGAUGACCCCAUCAUCAACACACAUUUGGGCAAACUCUAUGAUAACUUAUUGGAACAAAACCUGAUCCGGGUCAUUGAGCCUUUCUCCAGAGUUCAGGUAAGAAGCACUAGAAGAGCUUCCUUUCUCAUUGUUUCAGCCUCCAUGAAAUUGGCGGUCAUCUACUUAGAUUUCCCAGUUAAAUUUUCAAAACAACCAUUACCAUGUCCAAUGCCAAAAGUAUUGGCAAUAACAGCAGGCUGUUUUCAAAACCCUGUGUGCAGAUCUUUCCUUUGCAUUUCUCAAGAGUGUGGUAAAACAUUAUCUUACACUAUUGGUUAGGCUCUGGAGUGGUAUAACUGGAAUUGCAGGGCAGAAAAAGAGAGAUGGGGGAGCUCUAAGUAGGUUGAGACAUCAGGUGAGUCAUUGAUUGACAGUUCCAGGGGUCCUGGAUUUCUUCUGCUGCUUCCAAAUUCUGCAGUGACAUUUGUUAUUAAAGGUAAUGGUUGAAAGUGGCAGAUCCCUACAUUUUAAGAAUUGAUUACUCUGACUAAGCCUGUUUGUAUGACUUGUGUAAGAUGGAUUGCUGAUAAACAGGUUGGGUACCGUAUUUUUCGCUCCAUAAGACACACUUUUUCCCUCCUAAAAAGUAAGGGGAAAUGUGUGCGCGUCUCAUGGAGCGAAUGCAGGUGGGAGGCUCUGCUCAGCGCUCCCUUUAAAGAGCCGCGUGUGUGCGGUUCUUGGGGGCUUUUCCCUGAGGAGGGUGAAGGGCAGCCCAUCAGUCCCUUCUCCCACCUCACGGAAAAGCCCCCAAGAGCCGUGCUCCCUUUAAAGAACCGCGUGGAGCGUGUGUGCGGCUCUUGGGGGCUUUUUCCCGAGGAGGGAGAAGGGACUGAUGUGCUCCCCCACCUGCAGCCUCCCGCCUGCAUUCGCAUCUGAGAUACAUACAGGCUCUGUUCAGUGCUGCCUUUAAAGAGCCGCACGGAGUGUGUGUGUGGCUCUUGGGGGCUUUUCCCCGAGGUGGGGGAAGGGACUGACGGGCUGCCCUCUGUCCCUUCCCACACCUCCCAAACAAGCCAGCAAGAGCUGCUGCCAGGCUCGGCUCAGCGCUCCCUUGUAAGGGCUCCCUUUCAUCCCUCAUCCUGCUUUGCUGGGAAGCCAGCAGAAGAGGCACUGCGCAGCUAUUACUCUUGCUCUGCUGGCUUCUCAGCGAAGCGGGAGGGCCAACCGAAGAGUUUAAAGCAAGAAAAGUGAGAGCCGCUUGCAUACUCUUCACAGAAUAUUUUUUUUCUUGCUUUCCCUCUCUAAAAACUAGGUGCGUCUUAUGGUCAGGUGCGAAAAGUACGGUAAUUUGAGGGCCAUAGAGUGGUUUGGAGACCUUGACUGACAUUUCUUCAUGUUAAGAACUAAAUUUUUAAUUUUUUAAAAAAGCACUUACUGUGGAUGACUCCUGGGCUUGUACUGGACUUUAGGUUAUAUCUAGUAUUGCAUUUUGGGUAAAGUAAUGCAGAUUUAAUCAAAAGGUUACUAGAAAUAAAUGGAUAAUGCGAGAGACUUGAACUGUGUGUUAAGUUAAAAUGAGUGGAAUUGGCUGCUGGCAUGAGACUGUCCUAAAAGGUGUCAGAAUCUACACAGCUGUUCUAUACUGACUGCCUCUUCAGCUAAGUGUAGCAAAUGAAAACCAUAACACGUGUAUUUAUUCCUUUCGAAUCGUGUUGGCACUUGUUCUCAAUUUCUUUUUGCAGAUUGAACACAUAUCUAGCCUUAUCAAGCUGUCAAAGGUAAGAGCAUGGAUGCAACAGACUACGUAAGCUUGCAUGUACAUGAACAGCUCUGAAUGUUCUUGUUACUAGUUAGGAGCUGCUAAAAAGAAGGGGCCUAACUGCUGCCAUAAAGUUCAGGAAAGAGAGAGCGGAGCAGGCAUUAAACUGCAUUUUUUGUUAAACUUCUGUAAUCAGUUGUUUGUGAAAGUGACAAAAACUGACACUUGUAGUGAUGCUAUGAUCUUCAUGCAUAAUUUCAUAGGGAGGAAAUAAUCUCAAGAGUCUUAAAUUUAAUAAAUCAAAUUUAAUUAUUCAGUCAGUGCUGGGAAUGAGACAUUUAUAAGAAAGUCCUGUCAUCUGAGGGUGUCAUAAGUUCAACCUAUUCUAUAUAAUGUGACGUUCCAGUUGCCAGAUUAUAAUAGAUUUAUGGCAUAAUAACCAACAUAAUAAAAUGAUCAUUAUUUAACACUUGAUAAAUUGUCAAACUGCCUGGAAGCCAAUAAGCCUCCCUAACACCAGUAUUUUCAGCUACAAUGUACAAAUACACUACAGAAUCUUAAGAGAAAGUAGAAUCAAAAUUGAAUUGAUGGAGAAAUAAUUACACAAAGGAAAAAUAAACAUCUGUUAUCGUAUAUAUGAAGAGAAUAAAGAAAGAAGUGGGGGACAAGAUUAGAAAUGUGACAGGCAAAAAGUGAAAAUAAAUAUUUAUGACAAAUACAGCUUUAUUACUGUGUGUGUGUUACGCAGCUGGUAUUUAACCAUGCUUAACAAAGAUAUACCCAUAAAUUAGUGGAACAUGGAGAAAACGUGGGAGAAAAUCACAGAUUAUAUUGGUGUUUUAUGGACAUGCAAGAAGAUUUGAGUGUUUUUGGAAGGAGAUAGUGUAUGCAAGAAAUAAUUGGAUACCUCAUACCAAGUAACCCUUGGAUAAUAAUUUUGGCACAUCUUGAAGAACAUGUGAGGUCAGAACAUCAUAAUUUUAGUCAAAAAAAUUAAACUGUUGCCAAACAGUCACAGUGCUAACAGAAUGAGAAUGGUUUAAUAAAAUUUAUGAUACCUUGCCACAAUGACAGCAUUAAUUGAAAUGGUACAUUUAAGGGAAGGAAUACAAACAAUUUGAUAAUCUCUCCCCCCCCCCUUCCCUUUAUAAAACACAUGAAAGAACAACAUAAACUUGCAUUGUUUAAAACCUUUUUUAUUUCUGUUAUAAUCAGUUGCUUAUAUAGAGAGCCUUCAGCCUUCGAAAAUAUAUUUAUACAUAAACUAACAGUUUUACUGUAUGGUUUAGAGCGUGCCAUAAAUGUUGUGUAUAUUAGAAUGACAUAUGUCAUGUCUUUUGCGUCCGUUGUUCAGUUCAGUGCUAAGAGUGUGUGAGAGACAUGGGAGUUUUUUGUGUGGAGAAAAGAGCAGCAACUCUUUCUGUCACUAGAGCAUAUGUGAGGCACCUCUAGGUGGUUUAUUUCAAGAUUACUAUCCCAGGAACCGUAAAACUUCAGGCUGGCAAAACCAGCUGGUCCAUCGUUGGCUCUAAGAAGCUGAUUGUCUCCUGGUUCUCUUUCAGGCCGAUGUGGAAAGGAAACUCUCUCAGAUGAUCCUGGACAAGAAAUUCCACGGUAAAUCCCCUUCCCCUUGCAAAAUGUGAAAGAGUUAUGCCCACCACAGUCUUGGGUUGCUUGUCCUGCCUUGCUUCCCCACCCCCAAGAACAUGAUGCGUACAAACAAGAGCUUAGAUGUGCUAGAGGACAAACAAAAGAGGGGUUGUAUUUAGGGUUGAAGGACACGGGUGGUGCUGUGGGUUAAACCACAGAGCCUAGGGCUUGCCGAUCAGGUCGGUGGUUCAAAUCCCCGCAACGGGGUGAGCUCCCGUUGCUCGGUCCCUGCUCCUGCCAACCUAGCAGUUCAAAAGCACAUCAAAGUGCAGGUAGAUAAAUAGGUACUGCUCCGGCGGGAAGGUAAACGGCGUUUCCAUGCACUGCUCUGGUUUGCCAGAAGCGGCUUAGUCAUGCUGGCCACAUGACCUGGAAGCUGUACGCCGGCUCCCUCAGCCAAUAAAGUGAGAUGAGCGCCGCAACCCCAGAGUCAGUCAUGACUGGACCUAAUGGUCAGGGGUCCCUUUACCUUUACCUAUUUAGGGUUACCAGAUGUUCCCGGGGACAGUCCCUGGAUUUGCAAAUCUGUCCCUGGACAAAUUCCGUUCCCGGAAUGUCCCCAGAUUUGCACAUCUGUCCCCGGGAAACGUGGCAGCGGCAGCCUCAGCAGCCUGGAGCCAGCCUGGUAGCGUAGUUGGCUCUGGCUGGCGUCAGGAGCUGCUGGCUGCCGCCGCCACUGCUGAGGGGGAACCAGGGACGUCCGGCGGUACAGAUCUCCUGCCCCCUUCUCCCUUUCUUUUGACAGAUCGGGGAGACUCAGGAGUCGCAGGCGGGCGGCUGUUGCCCAGGAGGGGCGCAAGGCGCACGGUUUCUCUGCCUGGCAAGGUGCAAAGCCCUUCUUUCGCACCCUGUGAAACAUAAAUGCACAGAGCUUUUAAAAAACUGGGAAACACCGCCCGCCCCUGACUCCCAAGCCUCCCCCGAUCAGUCAAAACAAAGCGGGAAGGGGGCAGGAGAUUGGGAGAGGCUUGGGAGUCACGUUGCCCAGGUUUUUAAAAACUCUGCGCAUUUAUGUUUCACAGGGUGCGAUAGAAAGGCUUUGCACCUUUAUACAAUAUACAUGUGUGCUUGGGCCCAGGGUCUUUUGCCUCACCAUCCCCGCUACUGACUCCCUGUUGCUACUCAGCUUCAAAAAAAAAAAAAGUGUCCCUGGAUUCAUUGAAAAAAUAUGGUAACCAUAGUUCUAUUAGACCUGAGGAGCGUCACACCUUUGGGGGUUCUUCAUUAUCCAUAUCUUAACAUGUGCUGGUUAAGGCUGGCACCUUCCGUAUCUGGCUUACCAUACUUUUCUGUGUAUAAGAUGAUUAUUUUUUACUGGAAAAUAAUGUAAAAAAGGGGGGGUCAUCUUACACAUGGAUCGUGCAGAGGGGGGACGGGCAGUUGGUUGCAGCCACGAGCAGGAGCUUUUAUGCGGCAAUUUGGGGGAUGAUUGAUUGCUUUGGCACGGGCUGCUUAGGAUUGGCUGCUGCUGUGGCGAUUGUGCUUGCUGCUGGUGGCGAGGGGACAGAUGGUUUUGAUUGCCAGCGUAUUUCAGUCGUGAGUGAUUUUUGGCAUCCCCCCCCCAAAAAAAGCUCAACAACAAUCCUCCCCCCAAAAAAGCUCAACAACUCUUUGCCGUCUCCCCCCAUUUUCUUAAAUUGGAGUCCCCCAAAAUAGGGGUAGUCUUAUACACGGGGGCUUGUUAUACACGGAAAAAUAAGGUGUUUGUGCUGUUUUCUUGAGGAAACGGUCACUCGAGGGUUAGAUCAGUUUGUGCCCCAUUACUUGAGAGGCCUAACCGGGGCUUUUCUCUUUUGCCAGGGAUCCUCGACCAAGGCGAAGGCGUCCUGAUUAUUUUUGAUGAACCGCCUGUAGACAAAACGUACGAAGCUGCUCUGGAGACCAUUCAGAAUAUGAGUAAAGUAGUGGAUUCGUUAUACAACAAAGCCAAAAAGCUAACAUAGGUGAGGGGCUCUUUAUAGUGUGAGCUGUGACAGAUUUUGCAUCCCCCCGAGAGGGUCGUUCAGUUGAAUGACGUGGCUCCAUCUAUCUUUCUUCUUUUUUUCUUGCAGAGUUGGGAACUGUUGGCUGUUGCUUUGGAGAGUUGGUGCGUGAAACCUUUUGGGGGGGUGGGACAAAAGGCUAGAAGACUGGUGGGGUGUUUUUUGUUCCCCACCCCCCCUUUUGCUCUUACUUCUCACUCGGAAAGUUUUAAGACUUCCUCAUCUGAUCCAUCUUGUCUAUACGAUUGUGUGUUCCAGUUUCCAUGUAACCUUUUACCUGCUGAACUUUGUACUGGGAUGGGGAAAUAAUAAUGUUUAAAAUAAUAAAAAAAGGAGAGUUUCUUGGGGGUGGGGGGGAAGGGAGCAGCGGCAGUAUCCUAAAUAAAAGGAGAGAGGCUUAUGCUACCUUAAAAAAACAAAAAAAAGUGCUUCCCAUUUUCUUGAGGGCGGCAGAAGGGUGGGCCAAGUCUUUUGACACUGGUAGGAACCCAGCCGCCAAAGGCACCUCCAUACACCCACAAAAUUCCUACACAGAAGGCGUUUUCCAUGUACACUGUAGCAUAACAUGACUGUACGCAUGCCCUGGGAAGCUGUGGCAGAUUGCAGCUUCUCGGGAUGAGCAUGCACAGCAAAAAAAGAAAAGGCUGGCUGUGCGUUUGUGUGUGGGUUUUCCCCGCAAACUCUCUCUUUGUAGUCUUGCGUUCCAUGUAGGAAUUUUGUCGUCUGUGAAGUGGCCAGUUAGAAAGCGGGAGUUCCCUUAACCUUGUGUCCAGAAUACAGAGAUUUCAGGCAGCCAAAGCGAGACCAGUUUGCUAAUCCACAACAACAACAACCACAACUGCUGAAAUGUCAGCGAAAAGAAUUUUAGGCCUCUGGCCACCUUAAAAACUCCCUCUUGAAUUCUGAGGCCUUAACAGGUAGGAGGCCGCUUGAAUACGUUUUCCCACGGUCAUAAAAAGAGCGAGAGAUGGCCCAAGUCACUUUUGAACGGUGGCUCCGAAGGUUUCCUGGUUCUGUACUGCAUGCCGUUUGUCCUUUAUUAUUAUUGUUUUUUAAAAAAGGCUAGAAAUGAACUUGCCUUUUAACUUCACAACAAGAUAUGCUGUUGGAAAGAACUGAACUUCUGUACGAUAUUAACCUUUUUUAAAAAAAAACUGCAGAUGGGUCUUAUUUUCAGCUGGCCGUCUUGAGGCCACCCAGAGGCUUUUAAAACUGUUUUCCACCCCUUGAACAUCCAAAAUGAGACGGAUGAGCCGUUCUAGGCAGAGGUCAGGGCUGCACAUGACACCAGCCGUGGGGAUGCCAUCGAAAGCGGCAUAUUAGCGUAGCAGCUUUCCCACAUCUAUAUAUUGAGAUCUAGGAGCAUUUGCUGCAAGACUCAGUGUGGUUUCUUUGGGUUUCCCCACCACUGCACUCAGUGGUGUGGACUGGGGAAGGGGAGAUUGCAAUGUAGCGAGCACUCUUAAAACUAGAUCAGCAAUUGCGGUGGUCCCAGGGCCAAAAGCUAGCCUCCUGAAACUUGCCAGCCUGGAAGAGGGUGUGUGUGUAGAGGAAGCAGUGUCUGUGGCAGUGGGGAAUAAUUAAAAGAAAGAGAUCCUGGCUUGCCACUCUUAUCAUCAUCUCAAAGUAAUCUUCCAGGAAAGCUAGUUACUGACCCUAGACCAGGUGGGAUAACUUGCCCCUUCAGCAUCACUUAACUGGCAAUUUUGCGGCAGGUCUAAACAGUGUAGUGCCAACGCCACAAUUUUGUUCAAGUCCAGGGGAACAUGAGGGUGGUGUUCUUGUGUGGAAGAGGCAGGGGGCUAUUAACCCUGGCAUUAUGUCAUUGAACGAUGAAGUAUAUUUAAGGUGUUAACCGGCAUCUGAGUAGUGCAACCUUCUGCAUCGCCAUUUCCUUUCUGUGCUUUCUCACACUUUUUUUUUUCUUCCAUUUUUGCAAAACGAUACUCCCAUGCCACAAAAUAUUUUUUGCAUUCGCAUGAAAUCUCUCUCAACUGGCUGAACCUUCCUCCCCCUCUCCCCCCAGUGUUCUCCCUUUAUUUUGUCCUUCCUGCACUCUAUAAUCUUCCUCUCCGUCUCAGCCAGUCCAGAUGUUCUGGAGAAGUGAUUUAUUUUUUUUUUGGUCUUGGGGAGGGUUUUGGCACCAUGAAUUCAAAUGUACAAAUGGUUCACGCUAACACACACCAGGUAUAUCUGAUGUUCAGAUGGCAUACAAAUAAAAAAAAAACCUUUUUCAAAAA